AUGGUGUGGAAGGGUCAAGCCAAGGGAAAACAACAAAAUAACGGAAAGAAUAUUCUGAAGGGAAAACGGAGACUGUUGGCGACAGGACCUCAACAGGAGCCAGAAGUAAACACUCCAACGGUCAACGCAAACAGUAACGUAAUGAAAUCACUUCGUAAGCGAGAUCGACCGACGGAAGAACUGCAGCAGGUGGGGGACGUUUCUGUAGGGGCAACCGAAGCUUCCAGUGUCCUCAAUAAUGCUGAAAGGGAAAGGAAGGAUACAAGUGCCGCAGACGGUGAUACAACUCAUCCUAAUUUAUUGAGCGAUGGCCAGGAGGUUUCACUCAAAGGCACCAAAGUUGAUAAAAAUACCUUGCAACCGCUCCAAGCAUCUGUUACCCUACGGAAACUGAGUGUUACGGUGAAGGAGGAAGAUGUCGAUGUGCAGCAGCUGACCUCACUGAAAAUGCUAAAGGAUUUGUGUAUCGAAUACGUGAGCGGUAAAAUACUGAACGUGACUUCUCUGAAGGAAUUGUCCCAUAUGGAAAGGCUUUGUUUCAAAGGAAGUUGCAUUGAGGAAUUGGAGGAACUUACGUUGAAUGGAUGCGAAGAGCUGAAAAAAAUUGAGGGGAUACACCUUCUGCCGAACCUCACGAUUCUCAACUUGGGGAGGACAUCAACAAAUGACGAUUUCUUGAAGGAACUUUCCGUAUGCAAGAAACUAUCAAAGUUGACACUAUCUGGGUGCCCAGGAUUGGAGAAUGUCGAACAGCUGUCAAAUUUUGCAACACUAAAGGAGUUGAGUCUUUCAUGGUGCAGUAAUAUUAUACAUGGGUGGGAAGGCAUUGGCCAACUUCCACAGCUCCGAGUUCUUCAUUUGGAAGGGAACAAAAUCACUAACAGAACACUUGAGCCAAUCUCGAAGUCGAAGUCACUUGUAUCACUAGAUGUCUCCUUCUGUGAGAAAUUAACUGACGCCACUCCACUCUGCCGUGUUAAAACUCUGGAAGAGCUGAAUCUUCACGCCACUAAAAUAACUUCUGGUAUCGACAAUCUGGUACUACUCCCGCGACUCCGUGUGCUGGAUGUGAGGCAAUUACAACUCAGCGCCUUCGAUACCAUUCUCAGUACUUUUGCUGCCGUACGUUAUGGCAUUCGUCUUUCUUCAUUUUGCAACGGUUUCGAUAUCCAAUCUAUUUCUUCCAUUCAAACGCUUGAGGAAUUGAGUGUGGGGGGGUUUUUCUGCGCCGCAAUCCAAUUCGGCAGUAUUGGGGGACUUCCACGCCUUCGAGUACUAAGGUUAUCGAGCAAAACGAUGUUUGACGAGUCACUUAAAGGAAUAAGUCACUCGCGCUCAUUGGUGGCAUUUGAUCUCUCAGGGUGCUCCUGCCUCGAAGACAUUUCCUCUAUAUCAGGAAUAAAGACAUUGGAAGCGUUGAGUCUUAGAGAUUGUACGAAUGUAUCAGAUGGUUGGAUUGCACUUGGGGAGUUACCACUGCUGCGCAUCCUUGAUCUAUCAUGUACGAAAAUUCAAGAUGUGAUGCUUCGAGUGUUGUUCCCUAAGUUGAAACUAGACUGUCUGAGUCUUGCUGGAUGCGAAAACAUAACUCAUAUAGGGCCUUUAAUUAACGUAAAAUCACUCAAAAAUUUGGUGCUGGAGGAAUGUUCCGAGCUGAAAGCGGGGUUUGAGGCACUACUGGAGCUGCCCUUGCUCACAUGGGUCGAUCUAUGCUAUGUUAACGACAACAAAACGGUGAAAGACACAUUGGUUGCGAGAGGGGUGGAUAUGAGAAGUGUAUGGUCUAUCAUUGGAAAUUGUACCUCAUUAUUUGAUUGGUGGAGAGCUAAAUAA